AUGUCUCAUGUUAAAAGAAAAACUUCUGCCUCAACAACAUCUAGCAACCACAAUUCAACCUGCGGCUCCUAUCAUCAACAACAGUUACAAAGAACAGCAUCGUACAGUUCAUACAGUCAUUGUAAUUUAUUUAUUAUUGGAUUAAUUUUUAUUAUAAUCGCUUGUAAUGAUAUCGUUGAGGGUGCUUUGCGUAAUGUCAAUUUAAUUAUUGAACCACCUGCUGUUCGUCGUGGCCAACAUGCUGUGCUGCGUUGCAUGUAUGAUUUAGAGGGGGCACCAUUAUACUCAGCGAAAUUUUAUCGUGGUCAAUUGGAGUUUUAUCGUUAUACACCUGGCGAAUUUCCAAAUACAAAAGUUUUUCCAUUUCCUGGCAUACAUGUUGAUGUCAGCAAUUCGAAUGCGACACAAGUGUUAAUACGCAAUGUGGGUUUUGGUUUAUCCGGCAAUUUCUCAUGUGAAGUGACUGCAGACGCACCAUUAUUUUCUACAGCUACCGCUUUUGGCGCUAUGCAGGUUGUGGAACUUCCCGAUAAACGUCCUCAAUUAUUUACUGAACACACGCGCUAUGAACCCGGUGAUAUAUUAAGAGCAAAUUGCAGUACACCUCCCUCCAGACCUAAAGCAGAGCUUAAAUUUACAAUAAAUAAUAUGGUGGUUAAUAAUGUUGAGACACAAUAUAUACGCACUAUAGAUAAUUUGAUUGCAUCGCGCAUUAGUUUAAAAUUACAACUGCAAGGUAUUCAUUUCAGCAGCGUAAAUCCCUCGGUUUAUGGCCACAGUGUUUAUGGCAUGAAUUCAGUGCAUGGCGGCGGUUUGGUGUUGCGAUGUACAGCCACAAUUGGUGAAUUGUAUCAGGAAUAUAAGGAAAUUGAAUUGGGGUCACCGCAAAAAGAUCCAGUGCCGGCAAGAGUAACUCUAUCAUCCGGCUCCACUGUACGAAACUUCCUCUCUUUUCUCUCUUCGGGCAAAUCAAAAAUCUCUACAAUUGAUAUUUCGAAAUUACUUUUACUCACAGGCAUUGUGCAUGUGACCUCAAUAGGAUCUCUAGUUGUACAAUUAUUAACUUUUCUACAAAUAUUAUUAAUAAGGUACAAAUCUACUCUAAAUUUUAAACAACAUUCCCAGAAUGUCUAUGCAUAUUUACGUCUAACUUUAUUAUCUCAAAGAUAA